AUGGCAUCCAAACUGUCCGCCCACGGCUACGUCUCGUCAAACGACAGCAAGUUGUUCUAUGAGACCGAGGGAAACCCCAGCGGUCCUUCGAUCUUGUUCAUCCAUGGCUUAGGUGGCACAACGAACGCUUUUCAACCUCUUGUCCCCGAGCUUCAAGACUACAACAUUGUACGCUUUGACUGGUCUGGCCAUGGCCGCAGUUCUACGCCAACGACUACUAGCAUCGACUCUUACGUGGGAGAUUGUCUUGCUGUGAUGGAUGAGUUGAAAUUGAAGGACGUCAAUGUCGUUGGACAUUCGUUAGGCGGCUUGAUUGCUCUACAUCUUGCCGCCAAAGUCCCUGAGCAGGUCAAAGGCCUGGUGUUGUUCGGCCCCGUCAAUCCACCUCCCGAAGCUGGCCAGCAAGCACUCGGAGGUCGUGCCAAAGCUGUUAGGGAGAAUGGCAUUGUGGGCAUCGCUGAUACCGUCGUCGGCAACGCUUUUGCUCCCGAGUCGUACAAGUCCAGGAAGGGCGAAGUGGCCCUGGCCCGCGAGAUGUUGACGAGGCAAGAUCCCGAAGGGUACGCUCUCGCUUGUGAGGCAUUGGCCAAGAGCCAGCCUGCUCCUUGGGAUCGCAUCAAGAUGCCAGUUGCGGUGGUGUCGGGCAAGGAAGACAAGGUGUCCACCGUCGCGGCUGGCGAGACGACCACCAAGAAUCUCGGCUCGAAUGCGAAGCAGACGGUCGUCGAGAGCGUGGGACAUUGGCACAUGCUCGAAGCCACCGAGAGGGCGAUUGAGAUCAUCAAGACCACAUUCGCGUAG